GUAGAGCAGUAGUGAAUUAACAGGGCAGAGGUGACCAGACAAGCACCCCAAGAUCAACCCCAUCCCCUGCCCCAGCUACGAGGUGGACCCUAGAGCCCCACCACCACCACCGUGAAGUGCUCCCUGCCACGAGGUGCCUCAGAGGGCCCUGCCCUGGGCAGUCCCUGUAAGCUUAUGCCAAGGUGGGCAAUGUGUCUCAAGGCUCUACUGAGAAUGCCCCCUAGGACUCCCCUCCAGGGGAGAGGCCCCUGUACCCACACCCAGACAGUAUCUGGGGAGGCUGGGUCUUCCUCCUGAGUAGUUCUGGCCCAACCCUUCAUGGCUGAGGGAGGGCUGUGUGGCCCAAAGGAGGGAAGUCACUUCACCUGGAAGUGGUAGUCUCAGGCUUGAGGCUAGAACCCAGGUGUGGGGACCUGAAUGCAGCCCUGUCCUGUGUAUACCUUGCUGCCCUUGGGGCCACCUCAGGUGAGCUCAGGUGCACAGGGGCAGGCUGCGUGGGCUGGGGGCUCCGCCCUGACCCCCACCCCCGAGGCAGGCUCCUCUGGGCUGCGUGGGGCAGAGUAGGCAGGCAGAGCGGGCGGAGCGGGGGAAGCCCCCAGGCUGGCUCACGCCAUUGUCGGAGGGCCCAGCAAGGCGCCGAGAGCCAUGGAGUUGCGGCUGGGGGGCUACACGGCAGCGGUGGCUGCGGUGAGUGGGAGCACAGUAGAGGGGGUUGAACGGCCUGACUUCAGGCCCGGGUUGCCGGCUGUGAAUGAAGGGGCCCAACUUCCUUGGGAAGUGUGCCAACACCACCACCACCCUCCCUUUCGACUUAGAGACUCAGCUAGUUAGAGGCUUACCCGGGCGGGGCCCUUCCGCUGAAAGGAAACCUCCGCCCGGAGCCUGGAGGGGUAUAGGGGCCCCAAGCAGGGAAAGAUCUAGGUCCCCCACCUUAGAAAGAGCCCGAGUGGGGAUGGGGCUGCCUGAGCCUGCUCCGAUGAUCUAGUGGAGGAGGGGAAAUGUGCUCAGAGCUGCCGGAGACCUCUGCUCUGCUGCUCCGAGCCUGGUCUGCGCCCGGCGAGGGAAGCUGGCUUUCCCCACAUUUCCUGCAUCCACGGGCACCUCUUCUCAAGAGCCCGAGAAGUGGGCUGCUCUGUGGGCAAGUGUGGGGCCCCUUGAGGUGGGGGAGACAGGGCAGGGCCUGUGCAGCAGCCCUGCUGGAGUGAGCAGUGCCCUUCCUCCAGGUCCUACUCCUGGCACUGCUGGGCGCCCAGGGCCAGCACAGCACUCCUGCUCCUAGGUGCAACUGUGCCUACAAUUUCCAGAAGAGGAACGGUCUGUUCUGUUGCAAAGGCUGUCCAGCAGGGCACUACCUGAAAGGCCCCUGCCUGAAGCCCUGUGGUCCGGCCAUCUGCCUUCCAUGCCCCUGGGGUACCUUCCUGGCCAGGGAGAACCACCAUGAGACCCGCUGUACCCGCUGCCAGGCCUGUGACGAGGAGGGUGGCCCUGAAGAACUGCUCGAUGGUGGCGGACACCCACUGUGGCUGUGAGCCAGGCUGGUUCCUGGAGUGCUUGGUCAAGCCCUGCAAGGCUGGCUCUCCCUUCCGCUGCCAUCCAUGCUCAGACUGCAGGGCUCUGCACCGCCACACACGGGUGCCCUGUUCUGCCAGAGAUAGCGACUGUGGGACCUGCCUGCCUGGCUUCUAUGAAUAUGGCAACAGCUGCGUGUCCUGCCCCACGAGCACCCUUGGGAGCUGUCCUGAGCCAUGUGUGACUAUCUGUGGCUGGAGGCAGAGUAGGUGGUGUGCUGGGAAUUUAAGCAGGAUGGCUGGGAUGGGCCAAGGGGAAUUUGGGGGUGGGGGUUUACUACUCACCACUCACCAGCUGUUCUCAGUGUUCUGGGUCCAGGUGCUUCUGGCUGGCCUGGUGGUCCCACUCCUGCUUGGUGCUACCCUGACUUACACAUACCACCGCUGCCAACCUUGCAAGCCCAUGGUUCCUACAGAUGAAGCUGGGAUGGAGGCCUUGACUCUACAGGCCACCCAACUCUCAUCCAGGGAGAGCGCGCACACCCUUCUAGUGCCCCUCAGCAGUAGUGAGAAGAAGGUCCGCGCUGUCCAGUUGGUGGGCAACGGCUGGACCCCUGGUUCCCCCCAGAGCCAGGAGGCGCCUUGUCCGGAGGUGACAUGGCCCUGGGACCAGAUGCACAGCAGAGCUCUUGAGCCGCUGCCGCCGCCUUCGCCAGCGCCCCCUGCAGGCUCCGCGGCCGCCACGCUCCAGCCGGGCCCGCAGCUCUACGACGUGAUGGACGCGGUGCCCGCGCGGCGCUGGAAGGAGUUCGUGCGCACGCUGGGGCUGCGCGAGGCGGAAAUCGAGGCCGUGGAGGUGGAGGUCGGCCGCUUCCGCGACCAGCAGUACGAGAUGCUCAAGCGCUGGCGUCAGCAGCAGCCCGCGGGCUUGGGCGCCGUCUACGCGGCGCUGGAGCGCAUGGGGCUGGACGGCUGCGCCGAGGACCUGCGCAGCCGCCUGCAGCGCGGCCCGUGACUCGGGGGCCCCUGCGGAAGCCCUAAGUACGGUUACUUAUGCGUGUAGACAUCUUAUGUCACUUAAUAAGCUCCCGGCGCGGCCCUGCGUAGCAGCGCCCAGCGCCCUCCCCGCCGCGCGACCCCGGGCUUCUGGUCAAGGCCGAGAGGCCGACGGCUCAGCGGUGCCUGGGCCUGACCUCGCUGAGGCCCUCAUAUUAAAUCUGUGAAGGAAAA